AAAUAGAUACUGACAGUGUGUUUAAGAGGAAAGAAAAGAGAUUAUCACUGAGGGAGAGAGAGAGAGAGAUGGGUAGGAGUCCUUGCUGUGCAAAAGAAGGACUGAACAGAGGAGCAUGGACAGCUAUGGAAGACAAGAUUCUCAAAGACUACAUUCAAAUCCACGGUGACGGAAAAUGGAGAAGCUUACCCAAGAAAGCAGGUCUCAAGAGAUGUGGCAAGAGUUGCAGGUUAAGAUGGUUGAAUUAUCUGAGGCCUGGAAUAAAGAGAGGAAACAUAACACAUGAUGAAGAGGAGCUCAUUAUCAGGCUUCAUAAUCUCCUGGGAAACAGAUGGUCCCUGAUAGCUGGGAGGCUCCCAGGACGAACAGACAAUGAAAUAAAAAACUACUGGAACACCAUUAUUGGCAAGAAAUUGCAAAACCAGGAAUGUUCCUCUUCUUCAAGGCAUGAUAAGCAAAUCAAAUUUAAGCAAUCUCAACGCAGAAUAAAACCCACAAUUCAAACAUCCAUUUCCAUUGUAAAUGCUGAUGCAAAAAAGAUUUUCUGGACAAAAGCUUCAAAGUGCAGCAAAGUUGUCAUACCGAUUAAAACUGGAUCGCAGAAUCCUGUUGAUGACAACACGGUGGUGCCACCACCCUCAAUGCCAAAUAUCUCCGGCGACCUCCACAGAUAUUGGCAGUUCACUUCAGAGGACGAGGAUAAUAAUAAGAAUAGUAGUAGUUCAUCUGAUUUAAUGUUGGAUUUUGAGAUGGAUGAAGAGCUUCUAUCUGAUUUGCUCAAUGCAGAUUUCUCUUUGCUGAAUUACAAUUUGGAAAAUGGAGCUGCCAGUGAAACUAACACUGUAUGUGAGCAUCCCAAGUUAUCACUAAAUUCUGAAAAAACCCUGCUGCUUUUGGAUGAUGAAAUCCAGGAUUCAGGGUUUCCCUCCAUGGAUGCUUUGAUUGAGUUUGGUGAAAUCAAUUGGAUUCAAGAUUUAGAAAAUAAAGGAGCAGCAGAAGAAGAAAAGGUCUAAAAUUGCUAGGCAGCCAACAGCUUUUAAGAUAAAAUAAUUUGCUAAUAUUUUAAAGGAAAAUCAAUGAAACUAUCUCUGUUUAACC